AUGGGGACUAGGAAGACUACUCCCUAACCUUGUGAAAACCAACCUUGUGAAAACCUUUGCCUCCUUGUCUGUUUCUCUCUAUUAUUCUCUCACUACUUGUCAUUUAUUAAAAAAAUUGUCUUCUUAAUCAACUCUUCUUUUUUACUCUUCCCUUCUUGUUUUACAUACAUAUUUUCAUUUCAUUUAUUAAAGCCAUAUAUAUACCUCUCCCUUUCCAUCUCUUUCUCUCUCUCUAAACAUUUUUGGAUUUUGGACAAUUAAAAAAAAAAAGGAUUGACCAAUUGAUUAAGCAUAGAAGGGAGAAUGGAUGGGAAUUCAGAACAAGCUUGCUCAGAAAUUGUUGAAGUUGAUCCUACUGGAAGAUAUGGAAGGUACAAUGAGAUUCUUGGUAAAGGGGCAUCAAAGACAGUCUAUAGAGCCUUUGAUGAGUAUGAAGGGAUUGAAGUGGCAUGGAACCAAGUUAAACUCUAUGACUUUUUGCAAAAUCCUGAAGAUCUUGAGAGACUCUACUCUGAAAUUCAUCUUCUUAAGACCUUGAAACACAAACAUAUAAUGAAGUUCUACACUUCUUGGGUUGAUACUGCUAACAGGAACAUUAACUUUGUCACUGAGAUGUUCACCUCUGGCACUCUUAGGCAGUAUAGGCUAAAACACAGGCGAGUUAACAUAAGAGCGGUUAAGCAUUGGUGCAGACAGAUUCUGAAAGGUCUUCUAUAUCUUCACAGCCGUAACCCCCCUGUGAUUCACAGAGAUCUCAAGUGUGACAAUAUUUUCAUCAAUGGAAACCAAGGGGAAGUUAAGAUUGGUGACCUUGGCCUUGCUGCUAUUCUGAGAAAAUCCCAUGCUGCUCAUUGUGUAGGAACACCAGAAUUUAUGGCUCCAGAAGUGUAUGAAGAGGAAUACAACGAAUUAGUAGACAUAUAUGCUUUUGGGAUGUGUAUCUUGGAAAUGGUUACCUUUGAAUAUCCAUACAGUGAAUGUACACACCCUGCUCAGAUUUACAAGAAAGUUAUCUCUGGUAAAAAACCAGAAGCUUUGUACAAAGUGAAAAAUCCUGAGGUGAGACAAUUCGUUGAGAAAUGCUUAGCAACAGUGUCUUGUAGGUUUACUGCUUUAGAGCUUCUGAAAGACCCUUUUCUCCAAGUGGAGGAUUAUGGAUAUGAUAUGAGUUCAUUGGAGUAUGAAACUGACUAUGAUGAUGUAGGACCUUUCUUAAGGCAACCUCACUAUGGAAUUCAUCAUAGUAACAGUAACAGAUAUUUGAACAAUGGUUAUGUCUAUGAACCUGAAAAUGACUUGGAUUGUCAUCCUGUUAUUGAGUAUGAAGCAAAUGAGAUUGACCUCUUCUCUGGUCAAGAGGAUGAGCAUGUGGGAGAUUUUGACAUCACAAUCAAAGGAAGGAGAAAAGAUGGCGAGGAUGGAAUCUUUUUAAGGCUCAGGAUUGCAGAUAAAGAGGGCCGAAUUCGGAACAUAUAUUUCCCAUUUGAUAUUGAGAAUGAUACUGCGUUGAGCGUUGCUACUGAAAUGGUUAACGAGCUUGAUAUCACUGACCAAGAUGUGAUCAAAAUAGCAGACAUGAUAGAUAAUGAAAUUGCCAUUUUGGUACCAGAGUGGAAAAGGGGAUUGGCCGUAGAGGAAAAUAAGCAUUGCUCAGCUACAAGCUUAUGUCACAACUGUGAUACAAAUGGCUCCAUAAUGGAUUAUGUAACAUCAGAUAGUUCAGCUGCCAAGAACCUUCAAGUCCUCGAGUGUUCCAAACAUGGCUCUGCAGCCAUCCAUGGUCGAUUUGAAGAAAUUACAUACCAAGUUGAAGGGUCUUCAGAACAAUGCCUUGCAGAGGGCGCAGCAGAACAUUCUCGCCACUCUCAAGGCAUCCAAUUCGCUGAUAUCUGGGCACAGAGAGAUGGGCCAGAAUUACACUCACAGGGGUCAAAAGACAUCUACUGCGACGAUGCAGAUAAAUCUUUGAUCCUUCCUAACCCUGAUGAGAAAGAAGAGAAGAUUAUAGUUAUGGACAAUCAAAGCGAGUCUAGCGCUGCAAAGUUAAGUCCACCGGCAAAUCAUGAUUCUAGUUCUGUUUUUGAUGAUUAUGAGAAUGACAUUAGACAAGAGCUGAGAUGGCUCAAAGCCAAAUAUCAAAUGCAAAUGAGAGGGCUUAAACACCAACAGUUAAGAGCCAAGAAAAAGCCAUCAAGCUUAGCUCCAAGUCCUGAGAACUUGGAACAAAAGGCAGACAGUAAUGGAGAAUCAAUGUCUUCAGUCUCACACCAGCUGAAGAAAGAUAAUAGAAGACCUCCCCUUAAAACAUCCACCUUUGUAAACCAUUUUUCCAAUGUGGAUAAUCAAAAUGUUCAAAGCAUGGAGGCAAUGAAGGGUUCAUGGAGUCCGGACCAAAUAUUCACGGCUAAGAGUUUCUACAGUGGAUCUAUGUUUUCACAGCCUCUUCAUAGAGCAACUUCUCUUCCAGUUGAUGCUAUAGAUGCUUAAAACUCUGUUAAUUCUUUCUCUGAAUCUCUCACCAAGAGUCAAAGUGUUGAUUAUUUAAAAAAGCGCCUUAAGUAACUAUCAAGUCAAGAUUAUGUAUGGGGUUUUCUUCUUAUCACUUGGUAAUUAUACUUCAAUUGUAAUGUACAUUGCGUAGUUAACAUGACAAUGAAUAAGAUUUCCUCCUUUUUCA